AUGCAGAAGGACGAGGAGCUGCUGCAGCACAACCAGCACCCGAGGGGGAACAUGUGCCGCAACAAGAGGUUCGUGGCCAUGCACCCGUACAAGAGCCAGGAGGAGUACGGGAGGUGCCUCGACUCCGCCGAGGGUGACCAGGCCUACGACGCCCCCUUCGACCACACGCUCAACGACGCCUGGAACAAGCUGGGGCCCGAGCUGAACGGGCUCCAUGCCACGGGCUAG